CGCUGUCCCUCCUGCGGCAUCGAUCGGGCACGGCUGCGGCGGAAUGACUGCUCACAGAACAACAUCGGCGCAGCUGCGAUAUACAUUGCUGGAUUGACGGACUUGGUGCACUGGGCUGCAUCAGAUAUCUCGUGGAAGGCAUGACAAGUACGAACUUGACCAGGAGGACCGGGGACAAGAACAACGAGUGACGCCAUGUCAGACGGCAGGACGUUUGUUUGUGGUCUGGUCUUUCGCUUGAUCCUUCCCAUCUUCCUGUUGGCAGCAUGUGUGUUCCGGUUCAAUGGGCUGUCCCUAGUGUACGCAUGCUGCCUGCUGCUCCUGCCACACCUGGACACACCUUCUGUCAAGUCUAUGAAAGGACACACUGGUCGGUAUCUGCUGUUUGUGUUGGGCUGCAGUGUGCUGUUCUGUGCUGGUCACCUCAUCACACAGGUCGUUCUGCUGGCCACUCCUCCCUAUGGACACAUUUUGGGAGAAGCAUGUGACAGUGGAGAGAAAGUGGCAAGACAGCUGGGAUUCCAAAGGUUUGACCAGACACCAUUCCCAAAUAUCGUCAGGUUGAUUUUUCCAGACAUUGCUGUGGCCUCCUUCCUCGCCAUGUUCUUCCUGUACAGUCGUAAUUUAGAACGAGAUCAGAUCCAGCAGCUCCCGCGGAGCCAGUCCGAUCUGCACUCUAACGACUUCUAUAGCAAAUUUCGCCCCCCCAAGCUGAACUUCAGCCUCCUGAUGUAUGUGGAGAAACCCAUCGUGAUCAUCCUGACAGCUGCUGCAGGGAUCACCCACCCCUCCUUCAUCAGCCUCAUGUACUUCACUAUCUUCCUGGGACUAGCGACAUGGUGGUCGUGCUAUCGUGUGAUUGGGCAGUGGUUUGAAUACUUGCGGGCGGCCCUGGUUGGUUACAGCGGGACACACCUCCUGCUGCUCUACCUGUACCAGUUCCAGUUCAUGCAGUCUGAACUGGAUCCAACCAGCUUCACCGCAAGGUUUCUGGGUUUGACUGGGAUUAUACACUACAACUGUGAUGACCCCCUGCACCUGAAGCUGCACUCUGAUGUGGACUGGCCUGUCAUUCUGUCUCCUGCCUUCAUCCUGGCUCUGUACUGGGUCUGUGUGACCGAGAUACGUCAAGCCAGCAAAUGGAAGGAGACAGUCGAGGACACAGGGACUCCCCAGACAUGGCUCCGGAGGACUCUGUCCAAGAGAACAGCUGGGAACACAGUCAGACGUGCAUCUGCCAUGAAAUCUGAUGAUGAAAGGGUGGCCCUGGUAGUUCCAGAAGACUAUGGAGAGUCUGAUGAUGUUGAGAUAGAGGUAGACGGACUGAUCACCCAGGAGACAGAUCCCGAUGAUAUACCAGAGAACAAGGUGGGAACCAUCCACGAGGAGAUUCACCGCCGGAGGAAGGAGGAAACAUUCCAGCUGGAACAGAAGGAAGACAUGGCUACUCACAGUAAAGACCUGGACUCCUUCAGGACACCUUUGAUGACAAUGUUUGUCUUCAUCAUGAAACAGAGCUACAUCGCAGCACUCAUUGUUAUGAUGGCCUGGAGUAUUACCUACCACAGCUGGCUGACCUUUGUGCUGCUGAUCUGGGCAUGUGUGGUGUGGAUGUGUCGCAGUGCCCGGAGGAUAUGCCUGCUGUCCUCUCCAGCUUUUGUCAUCUAUGCAGAAGUCCUGCUGGUUAUCCAGUUUGUCUAUGGCUUGAACCUAAACGAGGAGGAGCUGCCAACCAAAAGCAGUUCUGGUUAUAACUUGGAGGAAAUUGGACUAAUCAAGUAUCAGCAUACCUGCCUGCACCUUACAGCAAAAAUUUUGUACACCCUGAUGUUCUGGUUGACACUGCGCCAACACAUCUGGGAAAAGAAGAUAGUUGAAGAAGAUGGCUUAGGGGAAGAGGAUGCACUAACAGCCAUAUUCAAACAAGAGAGUGAAGAAAAAAUGGGCAGUAGAACAUCCAGUGAGAACCAGGAAAGGGAAGAUAGUGAGCUCAUGAAACAGAUGGGCAACUACGCGGUGCAGGUGUUCAGCAAGUACUGGAUCUUUGUGUGUGCCGGCAUGUUUCUCCUUGUCAGCCUGUCUGGCAAGGUGGUGAUGUACCGAAUCCUCUACAUGGCACUCUUCCUAUUCUUCAUUAUCUGCUAUCAGCUGUCAUACACAACUUGGAGACGCAUAAUGCGAACUUUCUGGUGGGUGGUGAUAGGAUACUCCAUGUUUGUGCUUAUCCUACUCUACACCUAUCAGUUCAAGAGUGUGCCACAGUUCUGGCACAACAAGACACACAUCUCAUUUGAACUUCUUGAGGAUUUGGGGAUGGAGCAGUAUAGCACUGUGGAGCUGUUUCAGAAGAUGUUGGCUCCCACAACGUUUCUGGUGGUCUGUAUUCUCCAACUGCACUUCUUUCAUCAUCGCUUUUUGGAAAUUACCAAGAUUGACCCAGAUGAUGAUGAGGACCUGGGACAGGAUAGUGGCACGUCCACCAGGAAAGUGUCGGAGGAAGAUUUAAUGGCAGUGCUACAGAGGAAAAAAUUGGAUGGAAAAAACACCUUAGGGCAACAAGUCAUACAAGACAUCUUUUACCAAAUCGGAGUUUGGUAUGAGCAGAUGACCAUACUUAUCUGGCGCAUGCUGGAGCUCCACUUCCUCAAGGUUCUGUUUCUCACCAUGAUACUGGUCGCCAUUAUUGAGGUGUCUGUGAUGAACUUGAUGUUCCUGGUGCUGUGGUCCCUGGCCAUCCCACUUCAGGUGAUGAGGAAGCCGGCACUCUACACCAGUAUGGUGUGGGCUGCAUUUGGUAUUCUUACCAAGAUGCUUUUCCAACUCUCCAUGGUCAGGAUGGAGCACUUUGAAACCAACUGUACUCUGCCAAUAUCCAACAUUACCUUCGGACCCACUGAACAGCCUGUGACUGGCCGGCGCCAGAGUGUGGACAGUGCUGAGUGGGUUGGUUUCAGGAAGAGUACCCCAGCCGUGUACUACAUCAGGGAUUACUUGGUGGUGGUGUUGUUCCUAGUGCUGUUUGUUACCAUAGAGAGACAUCAGAAGCAUAUACGGUUGGCCAAGGGUCUACCCCCGGAGGACCCCCUACCUGGGAUCAUAUUCCCCAGUGUCAAAAGAGUGAAUGCUGAUGAGGGCUUGUUCAUGUGCCUGAAGUACUUCACGAACUUCUUCUUCUACAAAUUUGGACUAGAGAUGUGUUACAUGAUGGCAGUUUUCAACAUCUGGUUGAGGCUGGAUUUCAUUGCUGUGUUGCAUGGGAUCUGGCUGGGAAUCAUCUUGUUAUAUCCAAAGGAUAGGAAGGACAAUCUGCUCAUCUGGCCCUACUAUGCUGUUUCCCUGUCCAGCAUUAUGAUAGUGGAAUAUCUGCUGUGCAUGGGCCUGCCUCCAGGGCUCUGUGUUGUGUACCCUUGGUACGACCGUGGCAUGCCAGACAACCUGGUGAGGUGGAUGUUUCUACCAGAUUAUAAUCUCAGACCAAAUUCCUGGCUCCUAUUAGCGGACUUCUUCCAGCUGCUGUUUGUGUCUAUCCAAUGGCAAGUCUUCCUGGUGGAGGGAACUCCAUCUACAAUAGAGGCAGGAGGGGACAAUCAGGACAUUCAUGAUGACAUUGAGGCUAUGAUGACAAACCCUGUUCCAGAUUUUACUGUUGCCAAGUCAUAUUUGGACAUGAUAAAGCAAUUUGUGUUUGGCUACUUGUUCUGGGUAACUCUGGCCAUCGUGUUCAUCACCGGCACCACGCGGAUCAGCCUGUUCUGUCUGGGCUACCUCGUCGGCUGUUUCUAUUUCCUGCUGCAUGGGCAAGAGUUCCUCAUGAGCCCCACCAACGUUAUUCUGAAGAGAUGGCACAAAUUGAUAGCCUAUAACUUUGCCGUCAUCUUCAUCAAAGGAUUUCUGCAGGUUGCUGCCUGUGCAUAUCUUAAGACUUUAAAGGAGAAGAGCUGCUUCUUUGUUCAGCUCCUGAGUCUGGUAUGCAUGAUUCCAGGGUAUGAUGUAGAGGUGGACUACAACCCCCUACUGGAGACAUGUCAGCUGCCCAUGGGAGAGGCAGGGUUGGCCUGGGAUGUGUUCUGCUUUGGUUUUCUCCUCUUACAGAAGAGAUGCCUCAGUAGUUACUACUUCCUUCAUGUCCAAGCCGACCUGCAGGCACAGUCAGCCUUGGCCUCAAGAGGUGCAGAGCUGAUUCGUCAAAACCUUAUUGAGGAAGUGAAGGCUAGAGAAGAGGAGGAGAAGAAAAUCUUAGUUAGCAUCAAAAAAUCCAUGGAGAGAAUACGUGCCAAACAGGCCAAGUUUCUGAAAAAAACAGAGAAGGAGAAGGACCACUUUCAAAGCGGAGACAAGGAAAGUGCUGAGGAGCAGGCUGAGGAGUGGAAGAAGAAGCGAGAUAAGGAGUACCCCUGGCUGAAGAAUCGUGGAGAUGACACUGGUUCAGAAGCCAUCAGAGGAGGGGAUUACUACCUGUUUGAGUCAGACAGUGAUGAGUCUGAUGAGGAGGAACUGGAGGAGGUAGAGGCCAAGGAUAAGACCAAGGAGGAUCAGAAGGCUGGACCUCUCCAGAUCCUUCAUGCAGCAGUCAUUGAGAGUCAACUCAAGGCAAAAAGGAGGGAGGCAAGGAAGAAGAAGCUGUCUCGGUUCUUUAAACUGCGGCGAAUGGGCAUGAAGAGGACGGCUUCUGUGGAAGAUCUAACAGAAGAGGAGCUGAAGGAGGAGAGAGAAGAGCAGAAAGAAACAUUAUUGGACAAACUCAAACUUUACCUGAGAAUCUUCUGGCUGGUCUUGGUUGCUACAAUUGACCUGAUUAUUGACUGGCUGAACAGCUUCUCCCACCACUACCGCCACAUCGCAGUCACUCUGCAAAAAGAGAGGAGAUUCCUGGCCAAACAGGCGAGAAUGCAACGAGGAACAACUAUCGCUGCCUCGCUCCUUCAGGCCUUGAACCCAGCUGUGUGCCCUGGGGGAGCUGCACUGGUUGGCCUUAUGCCCCUGGCUUUUAAGGCAACAACAGAAACAUGGGAUCAAGAGGAGAAGCAGGACCUGUCAGCGGCUGCCAGCCUGUCUGAGGAGAACAUGUCUGACUCCAAGGGUCAUCAGAGUCCUACAGACCUGGAUGACAUAUUCAUAGAGGAUGAAACACCUGCAGUGAAGGGUACAGCUGAAGCACCUGCAGUGAUCGGUACAGCUGAAGCACCUGCAGUGAGUGGUACAGCUGAAGCACCUGCAGUCAGUGGUACAGCUGAAGCACCUGCAGUCAGUGGUACAGCUGUCUCAGGUGUCAGUAAAGAGCAGUCAGAUGAUUCAACAGAUGUUGGUAAAGAGGAGUCAGAUGCUACCAAGGCAGCACCUGAAAGUGGAAAAGGAUCGGAAGAAGGGACUCCUGAAGUACAAACAAAGAGUGAACAUGAGAAGACAACUGAUGAAGACAGACAGACUGAGGCUCUGGAGGAGGCUGAUGAGAAGGAUAGUGUUCUGUCAGAUACGUCUGACGGUCCAUUUAAGGGAGCAGACAUCCCCCCAGCAUCAGCCUCAGUGGAAGACAUGGUGGACGUGUACCAGGGUUAUGAAACUGCCAUCAAACUGGCUGGAAGGAAGACAGGGGAGGGGGAUGAUGCACUUAGUGACUCUGGUGAUGACCGACCUGUCAUGGACAUACCCCAGAUAUUGAUAAUUCAACCAGGGGGGAUCCCUAGACGACCAACCCCCCCUCCAUCUCGCCCUGUCCCCUUACCCCCUUCUGACCCACAAGCCUCUGGCAUUGGGAAGAAUGGCAGUGAUGGAGACAAGAAGUCCCUGCAACAGGAAGGCUGUAUGGUACAGAUACCACUUACACCUGAAAGUGAGGAAGAUGAAUAUGAAAAGGAGAUCAAAGAGGCGGAAGGUUUCAGCAAGAAGCAGCCACGCCUUCUGAAGCUCUGCUUUGCCAUUUGGUAUGCUGCUAUUUCUCGAUCAGAGAUGCUGUGUUACUUCCUGAUCAUCAUGAGUACAAUCAAGUCAGCCAGCCUGCUGGCCAUGCCGCUGCCCAUGCUGGUGUUCCUGUGGGCCAUGUUGUCUGUCCCCAGGCCCAGCAAGAGGUUCUGGAUGACUACAAUCAUCUAUACUGAGGUGAUGAUUGUUAUCAAGUACUUGUUCCAGUUUGACUUCUUCCCGUGGAACAACAAAGUCCUAGAGAUCAACGAUGACCCGUUCUGGCCACCCCGCAUCCUGGGCAUUGAGAAGAAGGACUCCUUUGUUGUGGUGGACCUAGCAUUGCUUCUUGCACUGUUCUUUCAUCGUUCCAUUCUCAAGGCACAUGGCCUGUGGAAGGAUACAGAGUUUGAUGAUGAGAUGGAGAUGGAGGAGGAUGGGGAAGACCUAGACGAGAAGCUGAAGCUAGAAGGCGACCAAUCAGAAAUGAAGGGACCUGACAUGGACAAGGGUGAGUUGGUCAUACUACCAAGUGAGGAGGAGGAUAGUGGAAAACCUGGCUCCAAAGGUAUAGACUCCUCAGGGGAGACCAUCUCUACAGAAGGCAAGAAGGACGGCUCUGACGCUUUCUCUGCACCACCAGACUAUGAGGAGACACAGAGAGAAGACUUCUCUAUCAGGCCUGUGGACAUCCUGUCUGCGGAGUCGGUUCCAGAACCUCCCACAGCAGACAGCAGGGCAGCGGAGUCUUCUUCUCCUGACUGUGGCACGGGAUGUGAGAAAGGUGACAAGGACACGGAGAAGUCACCCCCAGAGCUGACUGAGACAUCAUCGUUUGUUAUAACCAGGAAAGCCUCUGUCGAGAGUUUUACUGAUGACAAGGGUAACAAUGAGGAGCGAGAUGAGGAAGGUCUACAAGAGCAGAAUAAGAGGAAACUAAGAAAGCUUGUCACUCGAGAGCAGAUAAUAGAGCUCUCAGAAAAGACGAAAAAGUUCUUCAACCCAGUCUUUCUGUUCUACUAUCGGCUGCUUCAUCCCAAGUACAGUGCAGUGACUGAUGUAUACGUGUUGAUUUUCCUCUGUGACUUCAUCAACUUUGUCAUUGUGAUCUUUGGAUACUGGGCAUUUGGGAAACAUUCUGCUGGAGCAGAUGUGAUGUCAUCCAUCUCUGAGAAUCAGGUUCCUCUGCCCUUUUUGGUGAUGCUACUGAUCCAGUUUGCCAUGAUUGUGGUAGACAGGGCCCUCUACCUCAGGAAAAAUGUGCCAGGAAAAUUCAUCUUCCAGAUUGUUCUUGUCAUUGGUGUCCACCUCUGGAUGUUCUUUGUUCUUCCUGGUUUUACAGACAGACCCUUUGUGGAGAACUCCCCAGCUCAGCUGUGGUACUUCACCAAGUGUGUUUACUUCGGACUAUCUGCUUACCAGAUCCGCUCUGGUUACCCCACCAGAAUUCUAGGAAACUUUCUUACCAAAAAGUACAACUACAUCAACCUUUUGCUGUUCCAAGGUUUCCAGGUAGUUCCAUUUUUAGUAGAGCUGCGGUAUGUAAUGGACUGGGUGUGGACGGAUACAACACUGGGGCUGUCCAGCUGGCUACAGAUGGAGGACAUCUAUGCAAACAUCUUCUGUCUGAAAUGCAUGAGAGAGGCUGAAAAGAGAUAUCCCAUCCCAAGGGGUGUGAAAAAGAAAGCUAUGGUGAAGUACGGUGCCGGCGGACUGCUGGUGUUCUUACUGAUCAUCAUCAUCUGGUUCCCCCUGCUCUUCAUGUCACUAGUCAACACAGCAGGGCUGCCCAACCACCCGAUAGAUGCCACUAUUGAAAUUGCGAUGGGAGGAUAUCAGCCUCUUUUCAAAAUGAGUGCACAGCAACAAUACCUGCGUGGUGUGGACCAGGAGGAAUAUGACAACAUGUUCCGGACGUUCCUCAUCGACCCUCCUUCACAUCUCCAGAAUGCGAUGACGUUCUUGUCGCGAUAUGAAGCGGUGGACAUUGUGAAAGUCAAGAUCGAUGGGAACUCUCGAUCCAUCUGGGGCAUCAGCCCUCCCAGCAGACAUGCCAUGCUGAACGAUCUACUGUCCAACAACCCCAUUACUGUUCGUGUGGAGUGGCAGUUCACACGGGAUCCAACAACAGGGUCCUCAGAGUUUGCUGGUGAUGAGUACUCCUUCCAAAUUGAACAGGGAGACCCUCAACGCUUAAAACUGGCGGCCAUGCUGAAUGGGACUCUACAGGAACCUGUGGAAAUAUACAACCUGUUUCCCAAGUAUGUGAAGGUGCCAGGUGUGAAGGGCGUGGCCAGGCCGGCCAAUGAGCUGAUGACAGCACCUGGGAAUCGUCUGGACUUCAGUAACGUGACGGUGCGCCUGAACCACAGCCGGGUGACGGAGGAGCUGGAGGGGGAGGUGGAGUGGUGGACGGUACAGGAGCUGGUGGGGGUGGGGGCAGACAGGAGGAGUAUGCCCUACAUGGAGAUGAUCACCUUUAAUGACAAAGUCAGCCCACCUGAAUUCUCCUUCUUGGCUGGAUAUGGAAUUGUAGGUCUGUACCUGUCUCUUGUGCUGGUUGUGGGCAAGUUUGUUCGAAUGUUUGUGAGUGGAAUCUCCUACCGCAUCAUGUUCACAGAAAUGCCCAACGUGGAUCGCAUCCUGAAGCUUUGCCUAGACAUAUUUCUGGUGCGGGAGACUGGAGAGUUGUCUUUGGAAGAAGACCUCUUUUCCAAACUGAUCUUCUUGUACCGAUCCCCAGAAACUAUGAUCAAAUGGUCCAAAGAGAAAACCAGCUAAGCUGUGAGAGUAGUCACUACUUCCUGUACAGUACAAAUGUUAAGUGUUGUGUGAUGAAGUUGUCAAAAUGGUGUUGUAAGGAACUUUGAUAUUGAAAUCUGAUUUAAUGAAUUCUAUAUACCUUAUGAUGUGUAGGCAGGGAAAUUAUGAACAUAGAGUAACCAGUCCAAGGUUGGAACCUGACAGAUCAUGUGUGCUGAAGUGCUUUUAUUAAGAUAUUCCAACAAUUGCUUGCAUUGCUUGAACAAAAUAACAGGAAGGUAGUAAGCACAAGCUUGCCUCAUCCUCACUCAUAUGCAAGCCUGAUAGGAGGGAUACUAAUUAGGGGUACAUGUAUGUUAUAUUUUAACAUUUGAAGGAUAUUGACCUGUUGGGAAAAAGUGUUGCUUUUUUAAAUAAUUUCUGAGUUUUUUUUAGGAAUUGAAUUGUGUUUGUGAUAAUUUGCCGUAGCAUCAAAUACAAAAUAAAUUUUAUUUGUAUUACUAUAUUGUGAACAAAUAUCCUCUUGACUUGUACAGGUAUACAUGUACAUACAGGCUAAUUGUUCUGUUUUAUAUCUUCCUGUUUGUAGAUGAUGAGAAAUUUGUGUAGUCAUGGAUCAGGUCCUACUGCAGGCAUAUGAAAAAUUA